CAUUGUUUUAUGGGUAUGUUCAGUAUUAAAAACGGCAUAAUCCAGCAUUAUUUAAUAUAUUUCAAUAUUCAAAUAUAAAAUUAAGAUUAUCACCUGAAAAGCACAGAAGUAUAUUUAUAUGUGUGGAAGACAAAAUUUAAUGAAUUAAUGGAGCCGCUGGCGAGUAUUGUCAAAUGACCAAAAAUCACACUACUAAAAAUAAUGCAAUCUACAGGCGAAACUGGAUAAGCAAGAGUCAAAGGAACCUCGAUAUUUUGCUCGUUUUUAUUUCCCGAGUUUCUUGAUUGUAGACGUUGUCCUUCGGGACCGGACAGUAAUUCCCACUUUCUUGAAGGUUUCUCGCUAAUCCAGAAUAUAUUUGUAGUUUAAAUAUAAUAUAGUUGCAUUAUCCACGAGCAACAUCUACUGAUAAUGCGCGACAGGACUGGUGUUGUUGCUUAACAAACAAAAACAUACUAUACGCAGAAGUUUUGCAUUUACUGACAAACAUUUCAAAUACAAUCUAGUUACGUACGUAGCGCGAGAGCGCACGGGUGCUGUCGUGUCAGCGCGUGCAGUUCCUCUGUCUCGGGAGCGGCAAUAGCUAAUUGACGCGUCGCUGGUUGGCAAACAGCCGCUGUCAUUUUUAUCAUUAAUAAUGAAGUCGUUAUCAAGAGUGUGUCGGGCUACUGCUGAGACCACAGGGAUCGCAUCGGCUCAGUCGUGUGGUAGACAUUGACACACGAACGUCUACAAGCACGGGAGCGUACGCGCAAUAAGCAAGACUGUUCUCUAGCUACGAUACUCGACGCAGACGAUCCUUUACCAAACAUGGAUGUCGAAGCUAUGGUUAACGAAGAGGGCGGAGUCCUGAGAGCGAAGAUCGUCACUAUGGUUACCCUUUUUGGUGUUUCCAUGCUCGUGGGAUGCGUCCCGAUGCUGAUUUCGAUGAAAUUCAAUUGGUUCACGAAGUCGACUGGGCCCAAUAUGAGAUCUUCGAAUCGACUGGUGAUCGGAUUAUUGUCCUUUGGUGGUGGCGUUUUGUUCGCAACGACUUUCAUGCAUUUAUUGCCCGAAGUUGACGAAAACAUUAAAUUAUUACAAGAAAGCGGCGAACUCCGAGAGCUACCAAUAUAUUUAGCCGCUCUGAUCAUGUGUAGCGGUUUCUUCAUGAUGUACUUAGUGGAGGAGCUGGUGCACGUUUACAUUAACAGUCGAGAAAACAAGACGGCAAACACGAGUUUCACAAGAGUACUGAGCAUAAGAAGAAGUAGCGAAGAAGCUAGUAACAUAGAAGAGAAGAUUGCAGCUAACAAAGAGGUAGAAGCAGCAAGACACCAUGGUCAUAGUCACAUAACUAUGGAUCCAGCGGAUGAUACGAUUGUUGCAGCUUUACGGGGUCUGCUCAUUGUAUUAGCGCUGUCAAUUCACGAGCUUUUCGAAGGCCUAGCAGUAGGAUUGGAGUCUUCAUCGAGGAAUGUGUGGUACAUGUUCGGUGCGGUGUCUGCGCAUAAAUAUAUCAUCGCAUUUUGCAUCGGCGUGGAAUUAUUGGCCGCGGGGACUAAACGGUGGCUAUCCGUUGUUUACAUUUUCACAUUUUCGUUCGUAUCAGCACUGGGUAUAGGUGUGGGUAUUCUACUGGUGGGUGGGGCUGGCGCUGCUGCAGCCGGACUUUACUCAGUUAUUUUACAGGGUCUGGCAUGUGGUACGCUAAUGUACGUGGUGUUCUUCGAGGUGUGGCGUCAGGACAGAACAGGACUAUCACAGUUCCUGUGCUCUAUUGGUGGCUUUACUCUCAUGGUCUGCUUGGAACUGAUCGUUGAGUUAGCGGCGUAAAGAAGAUACAUCGAGACAUAAUAAUAUUGAGAUUGUGAUGGACAUUACAUUUAUUUAAGUUAACUUAUAAGAUUCAAAUUGUUAA